UUAGGUGCUGAACCCGAAUGACAUGUCUUGCAUGGACUACGACCCAAGUGCCAUAAGUCUUUACCCUGUGACAAAUUCCGCUGACGGAACAGUCGCACCGGACACGAUCCCAGACAUCACUCCCAGCGUGUUGCCUACUUUUGAAACCCAUUGCUCCAGCGUGAACCCAGUGGCCAGACAGGCCCAGGAAUUCCACUUCCUCGAGACCGGGCAUUUGUACUUCCAACACCCGACAAAGGUCGUCUCUCCUGACGACUUUUGCCUCGAAUCCGCGCUGGACUUUGAAAAUAACCAAACCCUGGCUGUGGUCAUCGUUUGCGAGCCGAGUGCUGAACGGCAAAGGCAGAAGUUGUUGCGGAAGUUUGAUGACCAGUGCGAGGGGCAAGUGUGUGUUUUGAAGUGUUGUCCAGCUGGGACUUCUUUGAUGCGGAUGCCGAAUGGGCAUAAUACUUGUGCUGCGUUGCCCGAGGGCAUGAGUGAGUGGACGCCGGUGUUUCAUGAUGGCACGGAUUUUCACGAGGUCAUUGUGGAGGAGAGUGCCUACAAGGUCAUCAAGGGCUUCUCUCCCAUUUGCCCAGACGCCAACGCCGGGGUCCUGGCCCAACUCCCAUCCCUGGUUCCCGAAGAAGCCAUUUACAUGAUGACAACCGGCAACGUGUACUCUAAAAAGUACUCUAGAAUCAUCCCGGCACCCGAGUACUGCAUGGACAAGUUCGUGCUGAAUGCCACGGCUCAUGAUAUCACGCUCAUAUGCUUUCCGCCUCAAGAGAAAUCCGACCCGAUGUUUGCAGUCUACUCGGCGUGUUUAAUCGUGUCGAGUGUGUUUUUGCUGCUCACGCUGGUCAUCAGUAUUUUGCUUCCUGAUGCGAGUCGAUUGGGCACUUGGACCUUGCUGUGCUAUGUGGCGUCUUUGCUGGUGGCGAGUCUGACGUUGGCAGGACUGCAGACCUUUGCCACUGCUGGAGGAGGAUUUUGCGUCGUCGUGGCGUGUGUCUUGUACUACUCCUUCCUGUCUGCUUUCAUGUGGCUCAACGUGAUGAGUUUUGACAUCUGGUACACUUUGCGUUAUGGCUGUUGUGAUGAAGACCGUCGCACCCAUUCCGGAAUUUCCUUGUGGGAGGAAAUGUUUUACCCAUCCAAGCCUGGGACUAACUUUUUAAACGAGCCUUUGAGAAGCAACACGAGGAAUUUGCCGACGACCCGGUCUCACAUGACGUUGCGGUUUUUGAAGCGAUGCGCUUAUGCUUUCGGGGCCCCGGCGGGGAUGAUAAUUAUCUUGUUGGUGUUCCAGUUGGCCGACGGACUUCCGGAAACUUUUUUGACUAAGUCUAUUGACCCUGCUAAGCGGUGUUGGUUCAAGGUAAGAAAAGAGCUGCGUUUAUCCGAUCGAGCUCGCGGCCGACGAAAAUCCGAAUAUCCGGAAUUCUUCGUGAACAAUUUUACCAUAGAUUCAUCAGUUGAUUUAUUUCGGAAGGAUUUGGUGCUUGUCAGCUGGAGGAUUUACAGGGAUAAUGCCAUCUUGUUCUACUUCUACGGACCGAUUGCCUUGCUGUUGUUGGCGAAUAUGGUGUUCUUCGGACUGACCAUGCACUUCCUGAUAAGUCACCGGAGGAAGACUAGGAAUCUGAACAUGGAAGAAAGCGCGAAGAAAAGAUUCACGCUGUUCAUCAAGCUCUUCGUCGUCAUGGGCGUCGGCUGGAUCACCGAGGUCAUCUCGUGGAAGCUGGGUCCAGAGGAAAUCUGGUACGUCACCGACAUCGUCAACGCUCUCACGGGCAUCCUCGUCUUCCUGGUCUUCAUCUGCCGCCGGAAAACCCUGGAGGACCUGAAUAAACUCAUCAAAGAGCGCUGUUUGUCGCGUGGGAACGGAGGUGUCGGCAAAUCUAGAUCUAUCGCAUUCACAAAAUCUCAGGAAACGGCUAAGACUCGGUUUUCAACUCAGGAAACGUCACUAACGAUGGCCAACAGCAGCGAGGGCAAAGUGAAAACGAUGGGCGAUGAACCUUCCGGCGUGGGUGCGGACGUUGCUGAUGCCAAUUUUAACGGACGACGGUUGAGCGGAUCGCUGCGAGGAGAUGAUGCAGAUGAGUGAAGGAUAUCGGACUUCACUUACAAAGAUGGCCGAUUCUAUGAGGACACUAAGACUCCUUAUUCAAAGGUCGACGUACUAUAUAUACAAGAGGAUGAGAAAGAACGGCAUAUGAGACCUCAUAUCGGUUGCUGGAGGCUAAAGUUGCGACUGUAAAAAGUCUGGUUCAACGAAAAGAGGAAGCAUCUGAUGCAGAUCUGUCAGUAUUACAUCUAAACAAAACAACAAUUUUUUUUAAUUUCUGAUGGACGUUUGAGAUUCAUUAGCCAGUACAUAACCCGGGUGAAUGGUUUUCUUGACCGCAUGGAAAUUUAACCUUGAAUGAAAGUGAAUUGGAACAUUGCUGCAUGCUUACGCGGAAGUGUCUUUUAUGUAUAAAAGGUAUGAUCGAGGCGCAUUCCAGAAAUUUUUGUUAGGCGUUGGAAAUGACGUUUGAAAGUGCGUUUUCGCUGUUGUUGUAGUUUGCAGAUUAUUGGUUUGGAGAAACUGAUUUCCGUUCUUCAAUCCAGGUAAGGCCAAAAAAGUUUUAACAAUUUGUGCGGGCUGUUUGCUGAUUGUAUGAUGUAUAUAUAGAGAGUAGUACAAGAGCUACUAUGCAAAAUUAAAACACGAGAACUAUUGAAAAGCCUUGAAAAUUGUAACUGUGUGGUGGAAUUGAGUGCGUUUUCCGUUGUAAAUGUUGACCAUCUGGGUGUAUUGGAGACAAGAAACUACAAUUUUUUUCGGUCGCUUGAAUGAAUGGACAUUUAUGGAUUUUUUAAAGUGAACAUUUGCUGUCAGGCGUAAACUUCAGGAUGUCCUGCGUGGAUUUUAAUGUGAAUUAAGAAGCUUCGAGUAGAAAACUAGUUGCUUAAUUUGGUGAUCGCUGAUUGUGCCAUUAUGAUUAUAGAAAAUGGCUUCGAUUGGGGUAUGUCUUUAUAGUUAUGGAUGUAAUUCUCGGCAAAUGUUUUUCGAUUUUUUUUUUCAUGAAUGCGGUGAAUUCUAGUCUGAAGAAGAAAAAACUAACUGUGUUGUGCUGUUGAAUUGGAAACAGAUUUUGACGCUGUUCAUCAUUCCCGAGACUCAUUCUGAAGCAGAAACCCGUAAUUUAUUCCAGUUUGUCCAAGUUCUACUGAAUUUGGCAAGUUUGCACUGAAACUUUUUUCCGUGAAAGCCACAAUUUUUAAGGCAUACUUAAUCAACCGCUUUAAAUUAAACGGAAAACUAGAUUUUUUUUUUCGUCUUGUCGAAGCUUUAAAAGAAAGUCGGCGCGCGAAAGGGUCUUUGCCUGAUUCAUUGAUUGACGUGCAUGCAGGAGGACUCUCUAUAUGCAAUAACGAUCUUGUCUGUAAAACGAUUUUUUCUGUACAGCGAAUUCAUUUUUGGUCCCGUUGGGGUUUCUCCCCGUGUUUUAGGGGUUCUCUAUACAUCGACAUUGUCCCUACAACGAAUCUUUUUUUGUUCGACCCCUGAAUUCAGUUGCAUUGUAUAUAAGAGGGAGUCCACCUGUAAAUAAGGUUGACGGUUUGAGCAGAAGGUUGAUGUGAGGAUUAUUUCUGCAAGACUUUCGGCGUUUUUGCGAUGAGACUUGGAAUAGGGCGAACUUUGUUAAUUUUUUCGAUUACGACUGUUUUCAAGAUCCCGUCAUGGCUUUUUGAUCUCUAUAUUUACUGAAUGUCGUGUGUUGUAAUUCUCACGCAUUUCUGGUUCUAUUAUUGACGAGAAUUUUUUUGCUUGCUGUGUGCUGUUUGGAAUUUUUGAUGCUUCUGACUCCUUUCUUAUGCAAGUUAUAGUGUUCUGGAGAACGUUACAAUUGCCUUUUUUUUUUUUUUGGACUGAGCUGUCGAAAUAAAGUGGGACUUCGGUUGUUUGAAACA